AUGCUGACGAUUUCUGCUGCCGACACAAAGCUCCUGUCCCCGAGGGGUACGCACUCGGGACAGUUUCCUAAAGCCUCGGCUCACAGAAGUGGAGGCCUGGUCCAGAACCCCUUCUAUCCAUUUGAUUUCGGCUUUUUCUCCUUGGUUGCUUCCUCCAUCUCUCCUCCCCGCACCCCCAACCACCCCGUAGAAAAAGGCCUUUCCUUGCUGAGCUUCCAACUGUGCAACUACAGCGUGACCCGAACCAUCCAGAAGGUGGAGGCUGUCCAGACGUCGCACGUGACCCACGCUCCCUGCGGCGGGUGGAUCCCGUGGAGGCGAUGCCCCAAGACGGUGUACAGAACCCAGUACCUGGCCGUGGAGGUCCCCGUGUCCAGGAACGUGACCGACUGCUGUGCGGGUUACGAGCAGCUGGGCCUCUACUGUGUCCUGCCCCUGAAUCGGUCCAGGGAGUUUGCCUCGAGACCUGGGGUCUGCCCGGAGGUGGGGUCAGAAGCACCUGUGUCACCAUGCAUGCUGGACACCGACUGCCCCGGGCUUCGGAAGUGCUGCCCCUCAUCCCGGGGCCACCACUGCGUGGCUCCUGCUCCCCGAGCUCCAGAGAGGAACCCGGUGACCUUCUGGUACAAUGUGACUGUCCUGGUGAAAAUGGACUUCAAGUUGCUCAAGGAAGUGGACCCCCGACUCCUGGAUCACAUGCGGCUUCUGCACUCCAUGGUCACCAGCGCCUUGCAGCCGCUGCGCCCCGCCGUCCACCCCGUGCAGUCAGCCAGCGGGGACGCCGCCACCACCGUGUCAUGGCUGCUGCUGGGCCUGCCGCGGCCGGUGCCCGUGGCCACCGUCUCCGUCAUGCUGGACGAGGUCGUGAAGCGCGUCUAUGAAGUGAUCAACAUCCAGGUGCAAGAUGUUGGCGAAUGCUUCCUCGAUGAUCUCAGUGCCUGCUCCGGAGGGGAGCAGUGUUUGCACAUGGAGGGCUCAUCCCAGUGCACCUGCCACCCUGAUCCCCUGGCCUCAGCUCCCCAGAGGCUGAACCGCAUGUGUGGAGACUGCCCUCCCAUCCGGGACUACGUGACCCUCAACGUCACCAGCAGCAGCUUUCAGGUGUCCUGGCGUUUGAAUUCUUCCCUGCACCGCACUUUCCACGUGCAGGUCUACAAGGGGGAGGAGCUCCUGCAGAGCGCCAGCACCGCGGGGAGGACCCUGGAGGUGGCGGGGCUGGAGGCCGGAGAGCUGUAUGGGGUGAAGACCAGCUACCAGGCGUGCGGGGGCAAUGUCACCGCCACGUUGACCGUCAGAACAGACGCCCGCGUGUUCCGAGUCACCGUCAGGGUCCUGGACCACAACGUGACGGAGGAGCUGCUCAACCCCGGCAGCCCCGAGUACCGGGACUUUUCCCGACUGCUGCUCCAUGAGGUUGCAAACGCCUUCCCGCCAGCGCUGUCCGACCUGUACAGGAGAGGCAAGCUGAAGGUGCGCAUCGUGUCUCUCCAGGCCGGAAGCGUGGUGGUGACGCUCAGGCUGCUGCUUCAGGACCCUGAGUUCCCAGUGGGACUCUCCACGCUGGCGCCCAUGCUCCCGCCUCUGUGGGCGAGCCGGGUGUUCCAGAUCGACCCGCGGGGCACACGCGUGCAAGACUGGGACGAGUGUGCAGACAGUCUGGGGCACGACUGCUCCCCCGCUGCCCAGUGCAUCAACCUCGAGGGCUCCUACACCUGUCGGUGCCGGACGGCCAGGGACACCAACCCCGCCCGAGCGGGCCGGGCCUGUGAGGGUGACACGGUGAGCCCCACGGGAGGUGUCCUGGCUCCGGCAACAGGAGUAACAGCCCCAGUUCUCGGCACAGAAACAACAGCCCUUGACCGGGAGACUCCCGCCUUGUGGCCCAGCCCUGGGUACCCAGGGGGCACACCCGCAGCAGGCCAGGCCCAGACCCCAGGCCUGCCACCCAGGAGAGGGGGCAGCGACGUGGUGAAGCAGGACGGGAAUGGCACAGGCCAGGGCAUGGAGGAGGAGGUGCCCAGCAUGGCCCCAGGCUUGGUGACAGGCCCACCGACAGCCAGCGGGGCUCCCGGGAACUCCCAUGGCUCCCCUCCUGGGGCCAUGAAUGUCUUGCUGGACACCCCUGGAUGGUUGUCAAGAAACUCCAGCACAGAGCCACCCGUCUGGCCCACACCUACUGAGGGCCCCGCAGACCACAUCGAGUGGCACGCCGGUCUCCCCACUUGGAGAACACCACCAGCGCCCCUGGACCCCACAGGGCCACAGAACAUGCACCCUGGGCCCUCCAGCUCCCCGGACCUGCCUUCAGCCCUCACCCCUGAGUCUCUGAAGCUUCCGUCCUGUGAUCCCGUCCCCAUCGAGAGGGUCACCAUCUCCAAUGUGACCAGCACCAGCUUCCAUGUGGCGUGGGCGGCGGACCUCGCCCGGCACCCCACCUUCCAGCUCACCGUCACCUCCACGCGGAGCCCCGCGGUGCACCUGGAGACCCGGAACGCGAGCCUGACGCUGUCGGGCCUGGAGCCCGGCGUCCUGCACCUGGUGGAGAUAGUGGCCGGAGCGUGCGGGGAAGGAGGUGCCAGGGCCCGCCUCAGAGUGAGGACAGCGGCCCAGAAACUCAGAGGCAAAGUCAGAAUAGCCAAUGUCAGGUACGUAGAGUCCUUCGGCAAUGCGAGCAGCGAGGAGUAUCAGGACCUCCGGGAGCGGUUCCUUACGAUGGUGCGGGGUUCCUUGCCAGCCUCCAUGCUUCGGCUCGUGGACUCCGGUGGGGUCCAGGUGGAGGUGACCCGCAUCGCCAACGGCAGCGUCGUGGUGGAGUUUAACCUGCUGAUCACCGCAGAUGUGGGUGUCCACGAGGUGUCCGCUGCGUUCCUCGUGGCCUUUCAGAAUGCGUCUCUGCUGGAGGUGGUCGGAGAGGACACCGUCAUCCAGGAUUACGACGAGUGUGAGAGCCAGGAGCACGACUGCGAGCCGGGCGCAUCCUGCCGCAACACCCUGGGCUCCUUCACCUGCAGCUGCGUGGGCGGCGCCCCCCACGUCCCUCUGGAAUAUUCUGGAAGACCCUGUGAAGGUGACCCUCCUGGCCACGCGGCCCAGGCUCCCGGGGCCCCUGGGGGCCUCCCCACCCCUGCAGGAACCAGGGCUGCCUCGGUGCCAGCGGCCAGCCAGGGGCCCCAGGACCCGCCCCCGCGGCUGAGCCUGACCGAGGCGGUCAGGGUGCUCUGCGAGAUCGAGAAGGUGGCCAUCGCCAUCCAGAGGCGCUUCCUGCGGCAGGAGUCCAUCCCCGAGUCUUCCCUGUACCUGGGACAGCCCUCCUGCAACGUGAGCUACCACAACAGCACCCACGUUCUCCUGGUGGCCGGGUGGAGCGAGUGCGGAACCGUCGUGCAAAGUAAUGUGACAAAUACCGUGGUGAGGACCACGCUGAGGAAUGACCUGUCCCCCGAGGGCAUCAUCCACCACCUGAAGAUCCUGAGCCCCAUCCACUGUGCCUUCCAAAAUGACCUCUUGACGUCGUCGGGCUACACCCCAGAGUGGGGGGUCUACACCAUCAUCGAGGACCUCCACGGCGCUGGCAAUUUUGUCACCGAAAUGCAGUUAUUUAUCGGGGACUCCCCAAUACCUCGAAAUUAUAGCGUGUCUGCCAGUGACGACGUCAAGAUUGAAGUGGGGCUCUAUAAACAGAAGAGCAACCUCAAGGUGGUGCUGACCGAGUGCUGGGCGACGCCGUCCAGCAACGCCAGGGACCCGGUCACGUUCGGCUUCAUCAACAACAGCUGCCCCAUCCCCAACACGCACACGAACGUGAUCGAGAACGGGGAUUCCAGCAAGGCCCAGUUCAAGCUGAAAAUCUUCUCUUUCAUCAACAACUCCAUCGUCUAUCUGCACUGCAGACUUCGCAUUUGCAUGGACUCCCCCGGAACCACGUGCAAAAUAAAUUGCGAUGGCAUCCGGUCCCCGAGGAGCGGUGAAGCAUCUGCGACACACCAGACGUCCUGGGGACCCCUCAUUCGGUCUGAAGGUGAGCAUCCAGGUGCCCAGGCAGGCCUGGCGGCCGGCUACCUCGUCCUCAUCGCGGUGGCCGUCUUUGCCUCGGUGGCAGGGGCAGCUGCGCUUGUCAUCGUGCAGUACCAGAGAAUGACGGGCAAAUACGACUUCAGAGCCCGCCCGGAUGACUUCAGCUACCAGGUGUUCUCUGAGUAGGAGGUCGCAGCUGGCACGAAGGUAGCUGUGAUUCCAACUCAGUUCUUAAUUCAUCGAGCAUUGAUGGAAGCCUGCUCUGUCCCACGUCCAGAGCUUGGAUGAGUCCCAGAGGUGAAAACACAGCCUCUGACUGACCCAGGAGACCCGUCAUCUGUAUAGGUCCCAGAUAAGCAGUGCCCUCCAGGAGGCUGAGGGGAGCUGUUGGAGAGGGAGGCAGGGUGAGGGGGAUGCCCAGACACGGGGAUAUUCAAACCAAGCAUGAAUGCAGAUCUGCCAUCACAUAGAUCACUCCCACAGGCCCCCAGUUCCCAGACUCUUUUUUACCAUCCUAACUGGUCCAAGUGGCCCUUUUUGGUUUUGCUCACCUGACAUCUGUCACCUGUUACCCAUCCACCCAUCCAACCAACCAUCCACUCACUUGUCCAUCCAUCCAUCCAUCCAUCCAUCCAUCCAUCC